GAAAUAUUCGGUUCCUUUAUUUGGCAGAUGUGACAUAACACGGCUAUUUUAACUUUUCUCUUGCCGUAAGAUACCUUCAUGUACCAAUCUUACACACAUGUAUAUGUUCUUCGAUUCAUGCGAGCAUUGUUAACUUUUUCAAGGUGAUUUAUAAUAGUUAAAAAUAAUUGUAGAAAUCGAAAAAUGUCAGCUGUGGAUGACAUUCUUGAAAGUUGGGAAGAAAUUGAAGAAUCAGAGUUUCAAGUCCAGUCACAAUACGGGUACCAGAAUGAUAAUGUUAGGAGAAGAUGGUAUGAGAUCUCAAUAUGUACCUCCAAAGCCAACAGUAAAAAUAUUAAAAAGACCUACAAGAGAUUCGCAAGGUAGUGGCGAUGGACCAUUAGUGAAUGGAGAUAAGCCAAAACAACCAAUUAAAUCUUUAAAACAAAGGGAACAAGAAUACGCAGAAGCACGAAAAAGAAUAUUAGGCGAAGAAAAAAGUCCGGAAGAAAAAUUAAUGCAAGAAAUAAAUAAAAUUCAACCAAAAUCAAUAACUCCAAGUAGCAGUGGACUACCAAGCAACGUUAUUCGUAUGCCUACUGGACCAGAUGGAACACGGGGAUUUAAUGUACGCAGGUAGCGCGUCUUCCAAGGCUCAACUUUUUCCACCCAUCCUUUUCCUCUUCUUCCUUCUUCUUAACAUAGGGAAGAGAGGCAGCUAUGAGGCUGAUGGCAGAAAACAAUCUAAUAUUUCUGACCAAAUAUGAGCAUAGCGCUCUUACAAUUUUAAAUGGAGGAUAG